UUAGAAGUGUGAAUUUCAAAACUACUCAACCCUGUUCAAACCAUUCUUUAGAGGAUGGGAUUUGGCUAUUUCCUGAUCAGUAACAAUAGAGAUACUUGGAAUGACAGAAUCAGGUCUUGGAAACUACAAUCUCCACCCUACUCAGGGUAACAGGAUUUAGGAAGGGCUGCAGCAAAGCUCAAGAUUUAAUUAUUUGAGAAUAUGGCCUUCAACAGACUUGUGCAAAGGGGACAGACCUCUGGACAGUCCUGGGUGAAGCUAGAGCCACCAUUGGCACAGCGAAACACCAAAAUUCCAGUCAGAAACAAGCGCUAGGAGGCAGUGGCUCAUCCAGGUCUGCAGACUCUGCUCACCUAGAGUUAAGAUGGAAGGGCACACGUCUAGGAUUGGAAAACUACAAAUCCCAGCGGGCACCGAGAGCGACCUUUACCCGAGAUGCCGCCCAGAUUCGGAGCUCUGCGAUUGGUCAGCGAUCGGCCUACUGUAUUGCCGGCUCUCGUCUCCGGCGUAGUCGGCGGAGAGUCCCCUCUGGUCCUGCCCAAGUACCGGGCUGCAGCGAAGGGAAAACACUGAAGGCAGGAGACCCGGUGGACAAGAUGGAUCUGCGAAAUGCGGACAGCGCCUUGGGAGAAAUUGGGUUCUGGGUGGACAGGACACCUGUUCAUGAGGCUGCCCAACAGGGUGAAACCUUGCAGCUACAACAACUGAUUGAGAAUGGUGCUUGUGUCAACUUGGUCACCGUGGACUCCAUCACCCCUCUUCACGAGGCUAGCCUUCAGGGUCAGACACAAUGUGUGAAACUUCUGCUGGCUGCUGGAGCCCAGGUAGAUGCUCGGAACAUUGAUGGCAGUACCCCCCUUUGUGAUGCCUGUGCCUCGGGCAGCAUUGAAUGUGUGAAGCUGCUGCUCUCUCAUGGGGCAAAGGUCAACCCACCACUGUAUACUGCAUCCCCGCUACAUGAAGCCUGCAUGAGUGGAAGUUCUGAAUGUGUGCGGCUUCUCAUUGAUGUUGGGGCUAAUCUAGAAGCCCAUGAUUGUCAUUUUGGUACUCCACUGCAUGUGGCCUGUGCAAGGGAGCAUCUGGAUUGUGUGAAAGUGCUGCUUAAUGCAGGAGCCAAUGUGAAUGCAGCAAAAUUGCAUGAGACAGCACUUCAUCAUGCAGCCAAAGUAAAGAAUGUAGACUUGAUUGAGAUGCUAGUUGAGUUUGGAGGCAACAUUUAUGCCCGGGACAAUCGAGGAAAGAAGCCUUCUGACUAUACUUGGAGCAGCAGCGCCUCUGCUAAAUGCUUUGAAUAUUAUGAAAAGACACCUCUGAGCUUGUCACAGCUUUGCCGAGUAAGCUUGAGGAAGGCUACUGGUGUCAGAGGACUUGAGAAAAUUGCCAAGCUGAAUAUUCCUCCCAGGCUAAUCAAUUACCUCUCAUACAAUUAAGACAAAGACUCAGAAGACAGACAUGGUCUUGGGAUUUCAUCCUGUGUUGCUACAAUUAUUUUCCCCAACAUCUGGCAGGGGAAAAUGACUUCAGUGUCUGUAGUGGUAUUUAUGUCAUUUACAGAACAUUUCCAUUUGUCCUUCUCUCCCUGUUCUAUCAGAGAAGUUAUUUCAAGCAUAAUAAGAAAACACUAAUUCUUAGUUCUUUAUCGUAGACAUGCUUCUGAGGUAGUGCAUACUGGAAUUUAUAUCCUAACUUUGUCACUGCCACGUCUCCGAGGUAGUAGGUGGAAAGGAAGUUGCUCGAGUCUGGGUUUCUUUAUUUGACAGCCUUCCUCAGAGUGACUCAGGGAAAUGGCUGUUGUGGACCCCUCUGUGGACACUCCUGAGCUUCUAUGUCUUUCCUGAAUCCAGUGGGAGCUCACGAUGAUGUUUGGUCCCUUAGUGGAACUGAUUCCAUUUCACACUGAACUUCGUUGGGAUUAUAUGUUUCUAGGUGAGGAUGGAUUAUGGUUCAAAGGCUUGGGAAAACUUAAGGGCAAUCCCUUUCUAUCACUGACAGCAAGACCCUUGAAUAACUGCUCUAUAAAUGCUCUUUAUUUGCAUAAUGCCCUGUUUGGCAUUGUAACAAGGUACAGAAAAGCCCACUGAGUGAAGGGAUUUCUGUUUCUCAGGAAGCUUUUUAUGGGUCUGAGUUGUGGGGAAUGAUGGCUGCAGCCUGGUAAUAUUUGUUUUGAUUACAAGGAGUCCAGUGCACUACUGGUUUAUUUCGAGAUGGAAAGCCUAUUUAUCUACACGGGGGAGAGAGGAACCAUUGCUAUAUAAUUGUUAAAAAUUUAGUUUUUCUCAAGGUGGUUCCCUACAUCAUGAGUAAAGUUAGAAACUUCUUAUUUCAGUCUUAAAAGCCUAGUUAGUUCACUAUUAGAAGAAAUGGUUAUACAAUAAAUACCUUGUUGGUGUUUAGCCCCUUUCAGCUCUAAUUGAAAACUCUUCUUAAGCAAUUAAAUCUAACAUUUGCACAUAACAAAAUUUCUACUACCUUCCUCAACUCUCCUUCGCUCCCUAAUCCAGACUUCAAUAAAAGCUAUGGGUCAGUUAAGGUACAAUCUUGUAUCCCUAUAGCCUUUUUCUUCUCAUGAACCCCAAACACAAGAGGAUUCCGGGGAUAAUUCUCAGGACAUUCUUCUGAAGAGCAGUCCUCUUCCUCAUUUUUGGAAAAAGUGCAGACUGUGCAGGAUCCCACUAUUUUUGCCUCUUUUUUUUGCUCAUUUCUCUGCUACUAUAAUGCAAACUCUUAGUAUUGUAUUAGUUAACAACAUAGAAUGGAAGAAAGCAGAAUUGAUAGGAAGGAAGCUACCUGGCUGUCAGUGACUAGUGAUAUAGUGAUAUAGCUUGGAAAAAUCAUUCUACCUCUCUGAGUCUUGUUUUCCCCAACUCUAAAAUGGGUAUAAUACCUUUCUACCCUAUAUGGUCAGUAUUGUAUAGUAAUGUAUAUAAAAGUAUUUUGAAAAGUAUAAAAUAUAAUACUAGAACCAAAUAUUCGCACUACUCAUUCACACUGCUGCAGCUGACAACUCGUUAACUUCUAUUCACUUAGUGAUAUUGCUUCCAUAGAUAUUAUCCUGUUUAGCCUUCAUAACAACUCUGUGUGUGUAUGUGUAUAUAUACAUAUAUAUGUAUAUAUAAAAAAAAUAUAUAUAUAUUAGUAUUAUUCCCACUUUACAAAGGAGACUCUAAGCCCAGGGAAGUUGUUAGUUUGAGGUCACUCGCACCUAAUAUGUAACAGUAACACGAGCUUUCUACUUCGGACGCCCCUUUUUCUAACAUGGGACUCCUAUCAUCUGUUCCUUGAGUGGCAUAUCGUGAAAAGCCAUCCUGCUUCUAAAGUAGCAUGUAGAAAAUAGCACCAAAGAGCAGAGUUAAAGAAUUUCAGCAAUGGAAAGGACCUCAUAGACCAUAGAUCUAGGCCAACACAUACCUGAAUAUGAAUCCUCUCUGGAGGAAAGGUUAUAUACUUUUGAGCCAGUUUGUUAAAAAUAGCAUAAUUACAAACUGCUAUCUAGAAUGACUGAACCAAUUAGCAGUUCUAUUAACAGCGUAUUUGUGUGUUUGACUUUUCAUGCCCCCUCCAACGCUGAAUCUGGUAUUUUCUUGAAGAUGUUCAAUGAGCGGAGUCACACCACCUCCCCAGCAACAGCCCUUUCUGCUUUUGGAUAAUUCUAAUUGUUAGAAAGUUUCUCCUUAUAAUGUGCAUGACUCUUUACAAUUUUCCUCUACUGCUUUUAAAUGUACUCACUUUGGCCAAGAAGUCAUUUCUCUUCCAAAUUACAACCCUUUAUAAAUAUUUAUUUGACAGCCUCUUUUUUAUCUCCCUUAAGUCCCAGGAUCAUAAUUCAAAAGUAGGAAGGGACCUCAGUGACCAUUCUAAACCAACCCAUAUACAAAAGAAACUUCUAUAUGACAUUCCAAAAAAGUGAUCUGAAGAUCUCCAAGGAAGGGAACCCUCAGCUUCUCAAGCACAGCUCUAAUUAUUGGGAAAAUUUUCCUGACAUCAAGACUAAAUUUGCCUUUAUGCAACUUCCACCCUUUGCUCCACGUUUGGCCCUCUGAGGCCAAGUGGAACAAAUCUAAUCCCUCCUGUACAUGACAGCCCUUCAAAGUAGUCUCUCCAGGCUAAACAAACCCAGUUCCUUCAACCUAUCUUCAUAUGAUAUCCCCAAGGUGUUCCCCCUCGAAGCUGCCCUCUUCUGCACACUCUCCACCUUAUACAAUGCCUUUCUUAAACUAUUUCCCAGACUGACCACAAUACUUCGGAUAAGAUCUGAUGAGGGUACAGUUCAAAGUACUAUCUCCUCAUUUCUGGGAGCUCUGUGCCCUCAAUGAAGCAUAAGAUUACAUGAGCUUUUUGGGUUGCUGUAUCACACUGCUCACUCAUUGAACCUGUAGGCCUCGAAUGCCCCCCAAUUUUUUUCAGAACUUCUAUCUAUAUAGGAUUCCCUCAUCAUGUGAAGAUUUUUUUUCAUACCCAGAUGUAAGACUUUACAUUUAUCUCUACUGAAAUUCCUAUUUUAAGAUUCACCUCAAUGCCUUAGCCUGUCCAGAUUCUUUUGGAUCAUUUCUGUCACCCACUGUUAGCUAUCCCGUUAAUCUUUGUGUCACUCGUAUACUGCCUAUGCUUUAAUCCAAGUGAUUGAUAAAAAUGCUUAACAGCAAAGGGCAGGUUUAGAGCCCUGAGGUACUCCUCUGGAGCCUUCCUGCCACACUGAUGUGGAGGCAUUAACAGCCACUUUUCCUCUGCAUGAUAAAUGUCCCCACUGCUUUUUUAAUAGAUUUUUACAUGAUCUGAACACUGUCCUGGUAACUCUCCUCUGACCAUUUUCCAGGUUACCAAUCCCCUUCCUAAAAUGUGAUGCUUAGAAUUGAACAUGAUACUUCAGAUGUUGUCUGAUCAUGGCAUGGUAUUGUAUUCCCUUCCCCAUCUGCAUUCCCUAGGAACUCCAGCAAUCCUUCCUCUCUAUCUCUACCUCUCCAACAAAGAACUAUUAUUGCUUUGUUUUAAUGCAGCCUGAGGUUGCACUAGCUUUCUUGGCUGCCAUAUUGUGCUAUUGCUUCAUAUGGAGUAAAAAUAAAGUUUUAGAAAAUUAA